AUGCAGAAAGCCAAGGAGAUUCAGCAGAAAAUGGAUGAGUUUUUUCCUACUGCAAAGGUAAAGUUUGUAUAGUGCUCAUGGCCAGCAGAGGCAGGAAGUUACUGACUUCAGCAUGAGAAAUGGUCUAUAGUUUUAGUGUUAUUCUGUGGGUCAAGUUAGAUUUAUAUUACCAGAUCAAAUUUCAUUUCAAAGAUUUAAAGAUUAAGAAUUAGUUAUUUUGAUACAUUAGUAAUGGAUGCUUCCUUUUCUGUAAUGACAAAAAUAUGUUUUAAGGGAUUGGAAAAUAGUUAUUUAAAUUAAAUAUCCUAAAUAAAUAUAAAGACCAAGAUUAAUUAAUGAUAUUCACUUCUUAUAAAUGGAAUGUUAUAAAAUAAUUUUUCCUUACCCAGCUUACAAUGACAACAACAAUGACAUUAAUGAAAUAUGUUUUAACAUAAAAAAAAAAAAAAAAAGAAGCACUAAAUAUUUAAUUUUUGUUGACAAAAGAAAUAAAAAAAAAAAAAAACAGCAACACUAAAUAUUUAAGUUUUUUUGAACAAAAAAAAAAAAAAAAUAGCUUUUAUUUAAUAAAAAAAAAUAAAUUUAAAAAAAGUUUUAAAAAAAAAAAAAUUAAAAAAAAAAAAUAAAUAAUUUAAAAAAAAAAAAAAAAUUGAAUUUAAUUUGACCGGAGUUGCUAUUUCUUAAAUGGGGUACACUAUUUGCAGGAAGCACAAGCCAAGAUUGAAGAUCACAUCAAAACAGCUGAACUGCUUGGCCUGAAGGGAGACACCAAGGGACAGAAAGAUCAGAUCAUCAAUGAGCUGAUCAAAGUCCACCAGAGGUUCCAGGCCAGGAUCAAUGAGUACCAGCUGUUAUUGAAGAUGACUAUUGAGUUCUACAAGCAUAUUGGACAGGUGAGAGAACAUACACCAUAUGGUGUAUCAACGUAGAAUACUCAUAUUUUUUUAACCGUAUCUAAAUUUUGGAUUUUUUAAAAAAGUGUCCUACUGAUUGAAAUGGCAACUUUAACUAAAAAGAUUUUUUUAAUGAAUUGCUCCAACUGCUUAAAUUCACCUGUGCUUUGCUUUUUCUCGUUCAGCUUGAUGAGAUGAUAAACAGAACAGAGAAGGAAUACCUCCAUUCCAACCUCCCCACAGACCUGAACCAAGCUGAGUCCAUGCUUGAGCAGCACAAGCGCAAGAAGACUGAGGUCUCACAAUUAAUCAACUACACCGCCGAGGAGGGCGAUAGAAUAGCUAGGCGUGUGCGCCAGCAGGUCAGUCACAUGGUGUAGGGAUAUUCAUUUAAAGUUAUGGAAAUUUUUAGAUUUAAUAAACUGGGAUAUUUAAGGGUAACAACAAGUGGCAACAUUGACAAAGAUGUUCAUUUGUAUGCAGUAAAAUUAUGGAUAUUUUAGAUUUAACAAGUGGGAAGAGGAAUAGAAGAGCUUGCAGUGUGCGCCAGCGGGUCAGUCAAACGUUGCUGGGAUAUUUAGUUACGUUUGUGGGGAUUAUUAGGGUAACACUAUUAGGUAUAGGUGCCAACAUUAACGAAGAUGUUUAUUUGUAUUCAGGAUGCUAGUGCCGCCGCAUCUGAUGAUGUCCGCCAUGUUUUGGACGUCACAGCAGAAACCAGGCGUCGAUGGGAUGAAUCAUGGGAAGAGCAGGAACGACGCCUGAGACAAAACCUGCAAAUCUGUCAGUUCAACUUUGACCUUAGACAGGUAAGCAAUGCUGCUACUCACAAGAUGAAGUUUUGUUAGAAUCAGUUCUUUCUGUGCUUCUCAAUGGGAUAAACGUCUGAAUGGUAUAAUUUGUCAUGUUUGAAUGUUUUCAGGCAUUUAAAAAUCUCUGUUAACUAAAUUAUUCUUUUCCUACCUUUUCUUAAGUUCAUUUUUUGUUUGUUCAUAUCAUAUUGAGUUUUUUUUAAAGAACUAAACUAACAAUUAUAUUAUUUUGUUUCCCCUCACCCAGAUCCACUCUGAAAUUGAUCAGUUACACCAACACCUACAAUCAAGGAGAGGUAACUAUGGCACCUCUUUACCCAAUGCUCAAGUGACCUCACAAACAUUCAAGGAGUUUGAGAAAACUGUUGAGGUGAGGCUCUACAUUAAUUUUUUUCCUUCUUCUAUUCAGCUAAUUCUACUUUAGCAACAUCCCUAACAAGAUGUUCAUAGUUUUGCAUAAAGAAAACACUUUAAAGUUUAUUUAAUUUUUAAAAAAAAUAUUUUUUUUUAGAAAGCGUGCCUUAAGUUCCUUUGCUUUAAAGAAGAGAAAUGCCUUUAAACAUACAUUUUUCCAACUUUCUACCAGGUCAUCGAGGACAAGAUCCAUAAAUUCAUCAGCACAGCUGAGCUGAUGGUGCAAGAUGAACACUACGAUUCUGACAACAUCAGACGUGAGGCUGAUGUCCUUAGAAACAAGUGGAGCUCUUUCCACGCAGGUGUCAAGGACUACAGGAAUCAGUUGGACACCAGCAUCAUGUACUUCACUCUCAUCGAAGAGGUCAGUGAGGAAAAGUCUUAUCUUAUUGUGUUAAUUAACUUCUUUAAGAUAAGAUUCUUUUAUUGAUCCAAACAAAUGGAAAUGUUUUUUGAUUGCAUUGUACAUUUUCAGCACAUAAAUAAAACAAUUUGAACACAAGACAUCUGCAUUAAAUUAUUUCAGUUUAGGAAAUCAUGAAAAAAGAGUUGAUUUAUGGUUUAGUAAAACAUUGAAUUAUUAAGAGAUGAAGGGUAAAGAUUCUGCUAAACUUCUUAGAAGUAUUGCAAAUAAGCAUGCAAGCUAAAUGUAUGUAAACUACAUGUAUUAUAUCUACUGUGUACUUGUAAGGAAAUCAUUAUGGUGAUAUGAAGACUUAGGGAUUAGCAACAAAAUACACUAGAUCUUAUUAAGAAUAAAUUCUUUGACUUUUCAUUGAAUAGUUUGAUUUUUUUUAAAGAUUUUAUAAUCAAUGUGUGUAUUUAACUGAUAGUCUCAAGUCAAGUUCUAUCUUAGCUAGAUUUUUGUAUCAUAAAACAACAUCAAGCCGUCUUAUCUGAUCAUACAUUUUACCUUUUGGCCAACUUGGCCCAUUGUUGAAUAUCACAUCAUCAUCUAUCUCAGAAAAAGAUCACAGCUUUAUAAUAAUAAUAAUAAUAAUAAAGUUCAUUUCAAAAACACGCUUCAUCCCCAAAGGCUCGAAGCGCGGUACAAAGUCAACAAAAAACAAAUCUAUAAUUUACCACAUUUAAAACAAACGCAACACUACAAAAACUAAUUACAAGCAUACAAUGGCAAAGUCUUUCUAGCCAUUUCAACCCUAAGCAACACAGCCANGCGUUCCAAAUUGUUGGAACAGCAAAUGCAAAUGUUUGUUGAAUAACUUAAAUGACAUGAAGAAGAUCUACUCAUCUAGAGAAAUAGGUCAACUGCUUAUUCCACCACCACCACCACCCCCCCCCCUUACACUAUUACACUGUUUAGUAACAAACAUGAACACAAUAAAUUCAGUAUAACAAAUAGCACUGAACAAUUAUCACUUAUCUAUGUUUACCACCGCUUUUUGUCCACAGUGUGAGCUCUGGAUGCGGGAAGGAAGUCAACUCCUCAUUGAUACUGGACACCAAGCACCACAAUGUAAGACACCACAGCAGGCAGAAAACCUGAUCAAAAACUUGGAGAAGUUUGUUGAGAAGGGCAAGACCAAACAGGAGGAAAGAUUGCAGAAGGUGUCAGAUCUUGCCGUUCAGCUAUAUGGUCAGUUUUUAUAGGGAACUUAAUUUGAAUCUUUUUUAUUUUUUCCUUCUGAAAAUUAAAUAAUGUAAAUUUUAAAGGAAACUUUCUUCAUUUUCUUGAUUAAAGAUAUGUUAAAUAAUGUAACAUUGGUUAAAUAAAGUUUAUGCUAAUCCCUUUAUAUGGGAUAUUUAAAUGAAAAUUGUAAAAUCUAGUGUUACGAGAAAUAAAAUUAUGAGACAUUUGGUUAAGUUUUGUAACAUAAUGACUAUAUGGGAUGUAUUACACUAAUGCUUCUUGCCCUUACUUUUAUGUUCAAUUUUUGGUAUUAUAUUUUCUACUACAGGUGACCAAGGUACAAACAAAGUGAGGCCAUUGGUCAUUCAGUAUCAAGACAUGAUGCAGUCCUUUGAACAAGCAGAUAAUGAACUUUCAAAUCUUAAGGACAACUUGGAAGGAAAAUCUGUGAGUUGUGUGAAAGGCUUUUAAUAUCGAUCAUGUAUGCUAUAGAUUUUAAGUUUUUAUAAUUUAUAAUCUUAUAAUUUAUUUUAUCUCACCUGCAAUUUUUUUAUAAAAAAUGUGUACAUUUUAUUCAAAGAGCAAAAAUGAGUGAGAGGUUUGGUUUAUUAAAAAAUAUUUAAACUAUUUUUUGUUUUGUUUUAUAAGACUAAACUUGGUAUCGAAUGAAAGAUAAUUGAAUGGACUAUAUGUCUGUAAACUUAUUUCUUCAGUUUAAAUAAAAUUAGUAACAGAAAAGAGCCAUAAAAUGUGAAAAAAAUGUAUGCUAAACCAUUUUUAAACCAUUUUUCCCCAAACCCUAUGAUGUAUGCAUAUUUCAUUUUCACUUCUAAAACUGUGAGACAAAUCCUUUAAAACUACUACUAUCGGUAUCUAAAUAUAAAUCACCUUCACUUUCAAAAUAAAUAAUAUAAAAUAAAGCUUUUCGAGCUGUUAAUCGUCUAGGAAACUUACACCAAGGGUAGCCAUAGCAACAUUAGAAAAAAUUGUGAAGAAAAUCAUUAAAAUAAUGCUUCAAAUGACAACAAAUAAACCUUGGUUUCGCUUAUAAACAAUGAAGUACCACUCUUAUAUUUAAAAGUCUUUAAAAGUUUAACCGAGAAAUAGCAAAGAAACAAACAUGAUAUUGAAAUAAUGCACAGUGCAUUGGUCCGUGUUUUUUAAAAUGUCACAAUAUCCUUAUUUUCAGCCUGUAUCUGUUGAAGAGUUCAUGCCUAGGGAUGUAACUGCAAGAGUUGCCGCCCCUCAACCCAAAGUUAGACCACCUAAAAUCACCCAGCACCUAAAAAAUGCUGAGGUUAUGGAAGGUGACAAGUGAGUAGAUAAGAUAAUUAGCUCAGCAUUAAAAAAUAUUAACCAGCCAUUGAUGUCUGAAAUUUGUGAAAUGCAUCUCAUGUCAUGAACUUGAUCAAGUGUCUUUGCUCUUACCAAACAUCUGGUGUUCAAAAAUGUAAAUUUUCCCUUAACAUGGUGGUGUCAAAUGAUGAAAGCUGUUUACUAGCACAAAAAGCCAAACAUAUAUUUUAGUUUAGAUGAAAUGACUUUUAAUUUUUGUAACAUUCAGUUAAGAAAAUAUUGAGGGAUUUUGAUUUUUGUUUGUAUAGAUUCACUUUUGAGUGCAGAGUGGACAGUGAUCAAGUGCCUGAAGUGCGCUGGUAUAAGGACAACCUGCCACUGACCAGCCCAGACUAUGAGACAAGAUUUAUGAAUGGAACAGCAACACUGACAAUAGAAGAAACGUUUUCAGAAGACACGGCUCGUUACACUUGUCGCUUCACAAAUGAAGCUGGCAUGGCAGAGUCAUCAGCUUAUCUGACUGUCAAGGGUAGGUUUUUCUUCACUUCUACCAUCAGACUAGUCUUUUUACCCAACACUCCUGAAGACUUCACCAUGGAAGAGAAAUAUUUAUUGCCCCAAAAUACAUCUUCCCUCAGAGCAUAAAUGUACAUAAUCCACCAGUUACCAAUAUGUUGUUCCUAUUUUAAAAAUACUAUAACCUCAUCCUGCAACUUCAUCGUUCCUCCCAACCCAAGCUAUGGAUCAUUUUGUAUUCCUAUAAAAUAUACCACCUCUCAAUUCACUAAAAUCCAACUUUCCAUUCCCUGAAAUCAUUUAGUCAAGAGACCUGCAUCUUUUAAACUCAGUGUAUUCUAAGAAUAUGGCUGGCCUGUUUAAGUGCAUUCUACUGAUCAAAUCAAGAGGAUCAAAUUCUAUUUAGACUUUUUUGUGUACCUUUGUUCUACUAAUGGCACUAUGAUUUAUUAAUCAGGCACCAUUUAGGACUUAAUCUAGUCCAUCUUGGGACAUCUCUGAUUUCUCAUCUUUUCAAAUAAAACUUUUUCAUUCAAAAUUGGGAUGAAUUUAAAAGAUUAAAAAAAAGGCUACAUCUUGUUGAUGCAAAUGUUGGUGAAUUUAGGUGACUUGGUCAAUUUUUUCAAUAUCUCUAUACUUGCAUUCUUCAUAUUUAUUAUGUUUAGUCUCAAGCAUCCACUAGAAGUCUUAAAUGGACACAUUGUCUCAAAAGUCUUACAUUAGAGAAAUCAUCUUCAUCCCUGUUGUCCUCAUUAAAUUCCAUAUAUAGAAAACAGUCCACAAAUGUCUUGUAGAAGCCCACUAAACCUAACUCACUUCCACCACAGAAACCCACCAGCAGAUAAUGCCACCAGAGUUUACCAGAAACCUCAAAUCUGUGGACCUCCCAGAAGGUUCCCCACAAUCCUUUGAGUGCCAUGUAGUAGGAAUCCCAACUCCAUCCAUUUCCUGGUACAUGGAUGACGUCAAUAUUGACAACUCCCCUGAAUUUAUCAUUACCAAAAUCAAUGGUACCUGCACUCUGAAGAUCCGCCAAGUCCAGCGCCAUCACAGUGCACGUUACACAUGCCGUGCACUGAACCCUGGCGGUGAAGCCUCGUCUUCGGCCAGACUAACCGUCAUACGUAAGGCUUGA